AUGGAUUCAGGAGCUCUUGUUAAACAGCUGCAGGCAGCACUGUUCCCUAUCUGUUCGAAGGGAAGUUACCUCAGCAGCUUUCUACAGAACACUCUGAAAUCAAAUCAAGUGGAGAUCAACACUGAUAAUAGGACUCUGAGACCAGUUGCGAAGUUGAAGGAACCACGUGAUCUGUUUGCCUUGCCUAAAGAAUUAGACUGUCCACAGCAAGCUGCUCGCUGGCCAACCGAAUGUCAGGUAUUAGAGGAAAGAGUACAGCAUAUUGAAUACGUACCUGCAAUGCCGGAACAAUAUUAUCAGCCUACAGGAAGGGAAGUACAACCAAAACCUAUUGGAGAAGAGUCUGGCACAGUUGUCUUUCAGUACUACCCCAUGAGUGCUGUCAAUUAUUUUAGCCGCUCUAGUGUUGGAGGUAGCAAAUACUUUAUGGAUGCAAGUCCUGUUGAGAAUCCAGAUGAACUGCGAUUUGAGUCUCGUUUUGAAUCAGGUAAUUUAGCAAAAGUGGUGAAGAUUACAGACACUUACUAUGAGCUCUAUCUUCGUACUGACCUGUAUACCAAUAGACACAUGCAAUGGUUCUACUUCAGAAUAGAGAAUACACGAUCCUGCAUAAUGUACAGGUUCUCAAUAGUAAAUCUUUCAAAAGCAGAUAGUCUUUAUAGUGGAGGCAUGAAACCUCUCAUGUAUUCUACAAAAGAUGCUCAAUUAAACGGCAUUGGUUGGAGACGAUUUGGUGACAACAUCACUUAUUUCAGGAAUGAUCCAGUAAAUGGGGAAGAAGAUCAGGCUCCUACAUACACACUUACAUUCACAACAGAAUUUCCUUAUGACAAUGACCUAGUUUAUAUGGCACACUGCUACCCAUAUACAUACUCCGAUCUGCAGGACUAUUUAAUCAGACUCCAGAAUCAUCCAAUAAAGUCAACAUACAGCAAACUUAGGUUAUUGUGCCGAUCCCUGGCUGGAAAUAAUGUUUAUUACUUAACCAUUACAGCACCAUCUUAUGGAGAAGAAUCAAAGAAGAAGAAAGCAAUUGUAGUAACUGCACGUGUUCAUCCUGGUGAGACUCCUUCAUCGUGGAUGAUGAAAGGAUUCAUGGACUUUUUGACAGGCGAUAGUGGACAAGCAAAGGAGCUCAGGGAAAAAUUUAUUUUUAAACUGGUGCCGAUGUUGAAUCCUGAUGGAGUGAUUGUUGGGAACAAUAGGUGUUCACUUACUGGGCGUGACUUAAAUCGUCAAUACAGGACUGUGAUUAGAGAAACAUACCCACCAGUAUGGCACACAAAAUUAAUGAUAAGACGACUGAUUGAGGAAUGUGGAAUUGAAAUGUACUGUGAUCUUCAUGCACACUCACGAAAGCACAAUGUAUUUAUGUAUGGAUGUGAAAGCAGACGCAUUGGGGACAGAAGGCUGCAAGAACAAGUGUUCCCUCUGAUGUUGCAUAAGAAUGCUGCUGAUAAGUUCUCAUUUGAGAACUGCAAGUUUCGUAUUCAAAGGUCAAAGGAAGGAACAGGUCGUGUAGUUGUGUGGAUGAUGGGAGUUACUAAUAGCUAUACAAUGGAGGCAUCAUUUGGUGGUUCAACUCUCGGAAGCCGUACUGAUACUCACUUCCACAGUCAAGAUUAUGAACAGAUGGGUCGUUACUUUUGUGAGACAUUGUUGGAUUUUUGUGACCAGGAACCAAGCAAGGAACGUCUCAGGGUUAAAAUUGUAACACGCCUUAUGAAGGAAGGUUCCAGUGCCGAUGAGCCAACUAACAUCACACUCUCAGAUUACUCAAGUGAUGAGGGCGAUACAAGCAGUUGUUCUGAGGAUGAAAUGAUGCAUUACAAACAAGAAUUCACAGAUGAGUGUUAUCAGUCAUUGUCAGUACCACCUCCAUCUCCUGUCCUUCCUCACCGAGAGCAUCACAAAACAGCAAACAAAGAAAGAUCAGUUCCUGAGAAAACAACUCCUUCACCUCAAAGAAAAGUACUUCAGGUUCAUAAGACUGUUAUUGAUCUAUCAGCAGGUGAUACUGGAAGUGACUACUGUGAGCCUCCAACUGACAUGGAUUCUGGUGAGGAAAGCUCACCAUGUCACCGAUCUAGCAACAAAAACAAAAGCUCUUCAGAUAUUAAGUUUGUCAAAUAUGGGGAAAGACUUGAUAUGCCUCCAGAACUAAUUGUAACUCCUGCACAGGCACUGCUGGGGCAGUCCAUUUCACUGUCACUGGUGCAGCAAGCAUUGAUGCAUACUACCCAUGUUGGCAGGCUACUCCCUGGAUCUGCUGAACAACCACUGUGGGCAACUGCUGCUCCAGGCUAUUGGCAAAAUACAGUAGGUGACCUUGCCAGCGAGGUGCAAGUGAAACUUGGUACAACACUGCGCCAGAAGCUCUGGACAGCUCUACCAUGCAGUUGUCAUGGGACUCUCGAUACUCAUUGGAGUGGUCAUCUCUCAGCUCAUGACAUGCUGCUUCGUUCCUGUUCAAAGAAGUUGGUUGCAUUACAAAGAACUGGUGGAAUAUCAUUUGAUACAUCUAGGAAUGUCACUUCUGCUUCCCAUCAACAACGUAAUGUGCAGUCAACAGAUGCAGACAACAGGGGUCACACAAGUCUCAAGUGGAAAAGAUACCACAAACUUACAGAAAUUCCAACUUCAGAUAGCACUAUACAGCUCACACAACAAGCUUUGCAAUCUGGCUCUGAUACAGAACCUGGACCUUCACACCAAGCUGAUACUGCCAAAAAGAAAAAAAAGAAACGUAAAACUACACAUUCCAGGAAAGGGAGACGUCUACAGUCAGCCAGUGGUCAUUGCUCACCAAAGAAAAUCACAAAAUCUUGA